AUGAUCAACUUCCUUUGCAUUCUCGGUGCUGCGACACUGCCACUGUUGACACUGGCCACUAACAAACCUGGCUACCGACCCUACGACCCCGAGGUUUACACUGUUUACCAAUUUCCUGAAAAUGGAUCUUGGAUUGCGAAUAUUGCUACCCGGCCAAAUAAUGACUUGGUGAUCACUCGCACCGAUGUACCGGAAGUAUGGGCUAUCAAGGUCGAUGAGGGCACAGCUGAGCUAGUUGCAACAAUCCCAGAUGCGAACAACCUGAUAGGACUUUCUGCGAUUGAUGAUGAUGUCUAUGUGGUUAUUGCCGGUAACUUGGAUACUGCGACUCUUACACCAGAAGCAGGCUCGUUUUCGGCAUGGAAGGUGAAUCUUGAUUCGAAUAACGACGGCUCAGCAAGCUUAAUUGCAGCGAUCCCAGAAGGCCAAUUCCUACACGGCGUAGAGACUUUUCAGAAAAGAAAAAAUUCGACUCUUGUUCUGAUUGCCGAUGCGGGACAAGGGGCAAUCUACAAACUGGACACGGUGUCGGGUAAUUAUUCCAUCGCCAUAAAAAACGAGUCUCUGGCUGGGGUCAACAAUAUCCAUGCUCAAAAUGAAUACCUCUACUUUACGGCUACUCAAAACAAAAUUUUUGGACGAGUUCCUGUCGACCUGGAGGAAGCGACAGCAACUGGACCAAUUGAGAUUAUCUCCGAUGACCAGAAAUUUGUCCCAGAUGGAUUUGCAUUGUCAACAAACGGAAGUCUGGCUUACAUGGCCACGUUUAUAGAGAAUUCAGUGGUUGCAAUUGACCUUGAUGAUGAGGACCACCCUAAGACAACGAUUCAAGGGGAUCUCAACUCGACCUCAAUUGCGGGACCGACCGCCGUCCUGUACAUGAAGAAGGGACACGACUCUACGCUAUACGUCACUACAAACGGGGGGCAGACUGCCCCUGUCAAUGGCGAAUUUUCUGAGCCCGCGAAGAUUGUGGGCAUUGACUUGUAG